AAAUUUGUUCGCCCUUUUGAAAAAACAAAAAAAACAGGUAAAAACGCUUUCUCAAAGACAUUCAAAUUUCAAACCCAGCCCCUGGAGCUUUCAGAUCUAACCAUGUCUCUGAAACGCCCCGCCGGUUACGGCACCACAACCGCCACUGCCACUGCCACUGCCAUCGCCACUGCUGCCUCUACCACACCCACAACCGCACUCUCCUUCUUCUCCCGAACGGAGUCCAUCACCUCCACUCGCCGCCCAUGGAGCGAAUUUUUUAAAUUCUCGAGCUUCUCGCUACCCUUAACCUACAACGACGCGAUGUCCCGUAUAAAGCGGAACGUGAACAAUUUUUGCGUGAACUACGUAAUGGUAAUGCUUUUUAUUCUGUUUGUUAGCUUGCUUUGGCACCCUGUGUCCAUGAUCGUUUUCAUAAUCGUGUUCAUUGCAUGGUUAUACUUUUACUUCGCGCGUGAUGAUCCAGUUGUGGUUUUUAAUCAAGAGUUGGAUGAUAGGCUUGUUUUGUGUUGUUUGAGUUUGAUUACAAUUCUUGCUUUGGUGUUUACUCACGUGUGGCUUAACGUGUUGGUGGCUUUAAUUAUCGGAGUUGUUGUGGUGGGUGUUCAUGCGUGUUUUAGGAGUACGGAUGAUUUGUUUUUGGAUGAAGGGAGUGCGGCUGAAGGUGGCUUGGUACCAGUCAUGGGAAGUCAACCGGUUAGGUUGACCGGUUAUACGAGAAUUUGAUCUUGGGGUUGUUUUUUGUGUUUGAUUUGGAGAUGCGGAGAUUUUUUAUUUUCUUUUGGUCGGUUUUGUAUAUGCUAUAUAUAUGUUGAGAUGCAAGAAUCCCUGAAGGGGUUUAGUGAAUCACGUUUCCAAAUUGGUUUCCUGUGGAAUUAUAGAAAUUGCAGGUCUUCUGAAUUGAUUAUAUUUCUAAAGGAUUUGUGGUUUUGGUUAUCGUGAAGUGGGAACUUAUAACUAAUUGUUUUCAGUGAUGAUAAUGGAAUUCUGGUUGGUGCUUAAUUUGAAGUGGAUAUCAUGAGUUUUUGUUACUGUAUUAUUGGUUUAAAGAGGUGGAGUUUGAGGAUUAACCUGGGUUUGUUUGGUUUUUACCAUUAUAUCUGAUUGGGAUUUGUGAAGUGUUAAUUGAUAUGCUUGAGGCAGUAGAUGGGUAGCCUUAUUGGGUAACUUAUUCUUGGGAAGCUUGCUUUUUUCAUUGUUGUUUGGGUUAAACUGUGAAUCACAAUAUGCUGAUUUUGGUUGCGCUGCUUUAGCAUCAAUCUUGUCCUGCAAGGUUUCAGAAUUGGAAUUGUGAAGAUCGUCUCAGUGCAUGUCGCAAUUUGGCGUCAAGGGAAGGUCAUGUAAGUCAUUUUGUGAAGUCACUAAUUAGGAAAUUUUAUUUCUUUUCAUCAUGCAGGUCUGAUCAAAUUUGUGACUUUCUGUUGUAAGUUAAAUUUGAAAGCAUUAGAUGUUUCUUUUCUUUUGUGUAGCAUGGUCAUAAUCGUUGACCAACCAAUUACAAAAUUUUCACAUCUAAUUCCUGGACUAAUUCAUUCUAUGCAAUUACGAAGUUGAGUGUUA